AUGUCGGCUCCUCUCAGACACCCAAAUGCAGUGGUUCUUCAACCUCCAACGGUUACCAUCUCUCCAUUGAUCCGUUUCGGACGUUACGCUGCUCUCGGACUUGGAGUAGUUUAUGGUUUCCUCAGACUCCGUCAAAUCCGUGAAUACCACUCUGACAUUCGUGAGUGGGAGCACGAGAAGGCCGUUGCCGCUGCUCAAGAAGCCGCCAAGCAGAAGAAGUGGCUCGCCAAGGACGAAAUGAGAUACUUGAUGGAGGUUGUCAACAUUCCAUUCGACGAGGGAGUCAAGCAAUUCGGAGUCGCCGAUCUUUACAAAGAAUAA